GGAAAAGGGUUGCCAAGUUUGAAAUUUUAGUCCAAAAAUCUCUUAACUUUCCUCCACCAAGACAGCACAACACCCACUUAACCUUUACAUACAAACACAAAUUAGAACGUCCCCACACGCUAGACCUACUAAUCUCCCAUGCCGUGAUUACCGAGUUUAGCCCAUUUUCAGGAGGGCACAUGACCUUGUAAACCCCACAUCCUCUUUCCUUUUUUUUUCUUUAGUCACUCUCAAACUUCAACCACCAAGCCAAUAUAAAAGAAAACCAAAAGUCUCCUCUAGCAACUUCACCACCUUCAGAGAGCUUGAGGCUCAUCAAACACACUCAAAACCAUGGAUUGGUUCUUUUGGCUUUCAAAAACUGGUCUUGAGCCUUCUCUUGUCUAUGAAUAUGCUCUUGCUUUUUCUUACAAUGAGCUUGAAGAAGAUGAUAUUGCUUACUUUAACCAUGAGUUUCUUCAAAGCAUGGGGAUUUCCAUAGCCAAACAUAGGUUGGAGAUUCUCAAGCUCGCCCGGGAGGAGAAAGGAGCUGCCCCACGUCCUAUGGCGAGAGUUCUCAUAGCAAUCAAGAGAACAAAGAGGUGUCUAGCUAAGUACAUAAAAGCUUGGUCUAGUCGCGAUGGGUCUUCUCUUAUCGUUGUUCCGAGUCCUGCUGGUUAUGCCACUAGAUGGAGAGGAGCAAUGUUGAAGAGGAACAAGAAGUUGAUGAUGGCUAAGCAAGGGAAGCUGUUGCUCACCAAUGGAAGUCCUAUGGUGGUUUCCGGGCCUAAACGGCUAGGUAUUUUUUCAAGUCCGGUGAUGUAUGAUCUUCACAAAGAAGAGAAGAUGGAUGGUGAUGAUGAUGGGUACUGGUCAACUGGUGUUGAAGAGAUCAGGUGGGAUACCAUGUUUCAGAAUCUGAAACCAACAUGAAUUUUCUUGAUGAUGCUUUCUUGAUGAUGGUGAGAGAUGGAUUUUUGCGUUCUUCCACCAGAGACUCUUGUUUCAGGAAUGAGAUUGUCUCCCCUUUGGCCUUUAUGUGGCAUCUUUUAUCUUUGCCAGAAAAGAAGGCACUGUUUUAGUCUCUGAGAAGACUGAACAUUGCUUUAGGUAUGCAAAUAUCUAGUGAAAUUUAUCCAUGUUUAUCACUUCAAGGAAUCAAAUUUUCUAAUCUUUUCACA